GUUUGGGUUUCGUGUUCAUCUACACCUGUCACAACCUGAGAUGGCACAUCUGAGAUGUCAAUUCUGCUAGCUUACACUACGGAGAUACCAGGGGUGACUCAUUAAUCCCGACUCUCAUUUCUGCAGAGAAUGAGUUUGAGACACAUGGAGAAUAUGCCUCUACACCAUGCAAGCCCUCCAGGAGCACCGAGGCCAUGCUGGAAGCCAUGGGUCUUCUCAGCACUGGUUAUUGUGCUACUAGUCUGUUCCUUCAGCACAGUAGCCUUCACUCUUUUCCCACUCAAGGCAGUCAGUGAGCCCUGUGUAGCUAAGUUUGGACCAUUGCCUUCAAGAUGGCAAAUGGCAUCUCCUAAGUCUCCUUGCGUGAGUCAGAUAGCUGACUGGGAGCUGAAGAUACUUCGGGAUGGCUUGUAUUCCAUUUAUGGCGAAGUGGCUCCCAAUAAAACCUACAAGGAACCAGCUCCUUUUGAAGUGCGGCUGCGUAAAAACAAAGGCAUCAUACAAGUUCUAACAAACAACGCUACAAUCCAGAAUGUAGGAGGGACUUAUGAGUUGCAUGCUGGAGAUAUAAUAGACUUGAUCUUCAAUGCUGAACAUCAGGUUCUAAAGAAUAAUACGUACUGGGGGGUCAUACUGCUAGCCAAUCCCCAAUUCAUCUCCUAGAGUCUUGAUUUGGUCUCCUCAUCCUUUUCAGCACAUGCAGAGAUCUGGUGGGUGGGUUGGAGGAGGCAGAUUUUCAAUGCCUACAGUUUGGGUACACAAAUCAACACAACAAACAGAACUCCUCUGCAGAUGAAUUUUCAUCUCUCAUGGUCAUCGGAAAGAGACACAGAGGAAGGACCAAAGUUAUUUGGUUACCCCUGGCAUUGGGUUGGCAAAGACAGUACUAAUCCAUAGUAAAAUGAAUAUGGGUGGUUAAAGGGCAGAGGCUUCUCAAAGAGUCUUUGUCUAACCUUUGAAUUCCUGGGUGGAAAAAUGAAGUCUUAUCUCAUGGGAGUCUUACUUGGUAUGCUAAAAGGAUCCAGCACUGUAGCCUGGCCUUGUUCUCAUAUUCUUGGGCUGUUUCACUUUAUUCUUCCCAUACUCCCAACUUCUGAGACCGUCCUAAUAAAAAGCAGUCAGACUGGCAGGGUGGCCUCAGAUAUGCCAACAACACCCCUCUUUAAAUGCAAUGAUAUUAGAGGAUAGAGAACACUCUAGAAAGACACUGGGAUAGGGACAAAGGUGGCAUGGAAUGGAAUGCACUUUAUUUGGGAAUUUCCCUUGAUUUCAUUCAUCAUACUCAGGAUACAGGCUACUUUACAAAGCCAGUAGGUUGAAGAGGUCAUUCUGAACCUUCACAUGGGGUUUCAUGAGAAGUCGUUGGUAUGUGUGUCUGAACAUUGUCAAUGGUAAAGAUAGAGUAAGCUUUAGUAAUCACAAUAUCUCACCCAGAAAUUGGUACUACCAAUGCUGGAUAAUGUCCUAGAAUGAUUUCAUGUAUUGAGUUGGCUUUCCAUGGUUUAUAAAGUGCUUUCACAUAUCUCAUGGCAACUUUAUAAAGUUAAUGGGGCAGAUAUUUGGGGCACAAUGAGAAGACGAAGACAGAUAGAGCAUAAGUAAGUUGUCUCAACACACAGAACUAGUGAUUAAUGGGGCCAAUAGGCUUCCCACUGCAUCACAGCCUUAGCUUUAGAGUUGGUAUUUCUGCCAUCAUGUUACAGAUGAUAAAGUUUAGCAGGUUCAAUUUUCAGGAAGUGUACUCCCGUUCAGCCCAAAGUGGGUGGAGCAAAGCUGUAACAGGUCUUUCCUUUUUGAUGAUCUUCUUUUCCUUUCCCUACUUGGAGCCGGGGGCACAGGGGUGUUGCUCAGGGCUUACUCCAACCAAAUCCCCUUCCUCACUUUGAAGAGCCUGUCUUAGUCAAAUGUGUACAAACUCAACUCAAUGCCAGCCUGCUAAAGUUUGGAACUCUGUUCAAUUAAUAUGCUACUUGUGGGUUCUUUUUGAUAGCUAUAUAAUAUGAUUAUAUGUUAACCAAAUUUAAAAUAUUUAUGGAUAUUUAUAUAAAGCUGCAUUAUGUUAAUUAAUAGUGUCACAUAUAAAGCUAACUUAAGUAUAUUUGUAUUGUGUAUAACAAAAAUUGCUCUGGGAACAGGUUGAACCUGAGGCCAAGUUGUUUCUUAGUAAUUUUCUAAACACCAUGCCUUGUCCAUCUUGCAUUUGUGUAUCUUCUCAGGAAAUUAAAGUUAUAUCACAUUUAUUUAUGGAAACUUGGUGGAGUUGAUUGUUAUUA